GAAAUAGUUUUAUUUCCGCUUUGAGAAAAUGCCACGGUAGAGUUUGUUGAUUGUGUCCGAAUCUGCAUACCACUUUAUUUGUAGGGUUCUGACAACUCAAAAUGACAAACGCAUAUUCAUUUGAGGGAAUCAUUGUGUUCAGCAUGUUGGUUAUUUGUACCUGUGCAUAUAUGAGAAGAGUUCCCCGACUGAAGAAGUGGUUUUUAUCAGAGAAAAAGGGUUUUCUUGGAGUGUUUUAUAAAGCAUCUGUGAUUGGUACUAGACUUCAUGUUCCAGUGGCUUUGACUUGCAUAUUAAUGGCAUUCUAUAUUCUGUUUCUGAGGUGAUAAGAAUUUACCAAGUGAAGAAAUGUGAUUUAUGUAUACGUAUUUAAAAAAAAAAUAGUGUGAAGAACAAUGAUGAUUGUAACAGAUGAGGGUACAACCAGGAAUUUGGUACACAGUAUUUUUGCUGUGAUAACAAUAUUUUGCUUUGUUUUGUAAAAAUUAUGUCGUAAUUUGCCUUGUAGUUAUUUAUAUACAUGUAUGUACAUUCAGUAUGACUGUGUUACAUUACAAAACAAAAUACAAUAUUUGACAGAAACAAACAAAAACAAAUGCAUACACUUCAGGAAUAAAUUUAAUUGAUAAGGAUUCAAAUAUCUUAAUGAAAUUGAGUGCAAAUUCAUUUUUCUUUUUAAUGUAGUAAAAUUCAUAUUUGAGAACAGUCAUUUAACUCUUGUUAAGAGAGUAGAGUACCUUAUAGUAUAAAAUUUCAAUGACUGAUCAAUGGAAACAACAGAACGUUUUCAGUGAAAUCUAGUGUUGCUACAGGAAGCAAACUGAUAAAAGUUAUAAACCUGUAAAACCUAUCAAAUGUUUGACAUGCACUGGUUCAAGACAAAUUUUGUACCAGAUUAGACAGGAUAUCAGAUUACACAGUGUAAAAGAAUAUGGAAAAUGGGACUGAAAAUAAACACAGAGUUGACAGUGGAAUGGAUUGCACACUAGGCAUUUGGCUACACAGUUUUUACUGUAUAAAUUAUUUUAAUAAUAAUUCAUCCCCCCCCCCCCCUAAAAAAAAGCAGAAAAUUUAGGGAAAGAAUCUGAUCUUUAGAGUAAUCAUUUUGUUCAAUCAUCUGUAUCUUUCAAAUUUUGCAAUUGUAUAUAAUUCAUGUAUUCAUAUGCACCAGGACAUAUCGCACACUAUUUAUGUACAUAGCAGAAUUGCAAUGUAAAUAGUAGAAUAUUGCUUAUCAAUUGGAAUGGAAGAAAGUUAACUGUCAACCAGAUAUAUGUAUUUGUGAAUGUGGAUAGUAUGUACCCAAUGUUACUAGAUAAACAUCACCACUCAGCUGUCAACAGCAAGAAAACUUAUGAACCGUAUAUAUUUUUUUGAUUUUAAAAUCUCUGUACUUGUUAUUUAUUGAUUUUGAAUGUAAAAUAUUUUAAUUGAAAUCAUUCAGAAUUUUGUGUUCAACCAUGAACAGGGAAUGAAGCAGUGGAAAUGCCUUUGGCUUAUAAUGUAUGUAGAAAUGGUCAAAUAUGUUAAAUUCUGUGAAAAUAUUCUAUUUCAAAGAGGAUUAUAGCAUCCUGUAUAAUUUUUACAUUAAUAUUAAUAUUUCAAAGAAAAUUUUGUUAUGAAUGGUUUAAUUUUCCACUUCUGGUCAUGUUUGACAAUGAGCAUUUUUCUUGGCCUCCCCUCCCCCCUAGCUCCCAUGUUCAUUGUGUUAACUCCUUAAAUUUUUGUGCUUUAACAACUUGUAUACAUGUAUUUAAAUUUCAUUACUUGGCUUUCUAAAAUCAAGUACUAUUACCUGUAUAUACAUUUGUGUUCGUCGAAUAUCAAUUGAAAAUGUUUGAUACACCAUCAUUUCAAGGUGGGGGGGGGGGGGGGGGCAUAAAAGGAAAGCCAUUAGAGCACUGUAUAGUGGAGACCACUAUAUAUUGUAGAUAGAGAAAUCUCCCUUCCCUUUGUUUAAUAGGAAAGAUACUGAAAAUUAUAUACUAGUAUUUAUUAUUUUCUUUGUUACCUACAUAAUGAAAAUUUUUUUUUGAAAUGAAAUCUACUCUUAUCUUGCAUACAUUGUAAUUUGUUCAGCUUACUCAAUAUACAUUUUUUUUGUUUUAUGUUAUUGAUAUCUUUCCAUAUUUAUGUCCAAGUACUGAUUAAU